GCCACCCAGGCGCCCCUAAUUUGGCACAUUUAAACACAUAUCACUUUUCCCGAAAAGCGCGCUCCACAGGACCGGCGGUGACAGAGGCGGAAAAGACGCGGCGGCAGCCUUCUGGCGGCUCCCAGGAAGACGGCUUUCUCUAGCCUUAAGGCUGUUGGCCCAUAUCGGGCACCGUAGGCCGCCGUCCCGCGAUGACCUCUGGGAAAUAGAGUUCGUAAGGAAAAGCGCUGCCUUUCAGCCCAAGCGCCGGUUUCCAAGUCUCGUGCGCAGGCGCAGUUGCGCCCGGCGGCCUGGCGGCGGUGGUGAAAAAUGUCCCCAGGCUAGGUAUCCUGCUUGUCUCCGGUGCGGUGCGCCGGUUGGCGUCCGGGUCGCGGCGGGCCCAGGAGCCUUCUCUAUGAGGGGCAGCAGGGAGGGAGAAAUGGCCACAGGGUUGCUCCCAGCCCAAGCUCAGGGGUCUGUGACAUUCAGGGACGUGGCUGUGUUCUUCAGCCAGGACGAGUGGCUGCGCCUGGACUCCGCACAGAGAACCCUGUACCGGGAGGUGAUGCUGGAGAACUACGGCACCCUCGUCUCGCUGGGAAUCCUAUUUUCCAAACCAAAGGUCAUCUUCCAGUUGCAGCAAGGGAAAGACCCCUGGAUGGUGGAAAAUGGAGUUUCUCAAGGCCCAUGUGUAGGAUGGGAACGCUUAUUUGAAACUACAAUUUCUGAAGAAGAAAAUCAGGAAGUAAUGAAUAAACUCCUAGGGGACGGUCCUUUUGACUUCAAGUUGGGGAAAGCCUACAUAAAUGAGGACAAGCUAGAGAAGCAACAAGGCAAAAAGAACAAACCUUUCAGGAAAGUCUUAAUCACCAUCAAAAACACCUACAUGAGGGAGAGGAACUUUGCGAGUAUUGAGCUUGGGAAAAAUCUCAGUCUGAAAUCACCCCUUAUUAGAAAACCCAGACUUGUUUCCAGAGGAAGGAAACCCCAUUCCCAGCAGUAUUCAGUUCUGUUUAAACAAUUGGGAGUCAAUAUGGUGCGCAGAUGUUACAAAUGUAACAUCUGUGGGAAAAUCUUCCUCCACAGUUCUUCCCUGAGUAAACACCAGAGAAUCCAUACUGGAGAGAAGCUCUACAAAUGCAAGGAAUGUCGGAAAGCUUUCAGCCAAAGCUCUUCUCUCACUCAGCACCUGAGAGUUCACACAGGAGAGAAACCUUACAUCUGCGGCGAAUGUGGGAAAGCCUUCAGUUUCACCACAUCUCUCAUUGGACAUCAGAGGAUGCAUACUGGAGAGAGACCCUAUAAAUGUAAUGAGUGUGGCAAAACAUUUAAAGGAAGCUCAUCCCUGAAUAAUCACCAACGAAUUCAUACUGGAGAAAAGCCCUAUAAAUGUAACGAGUGUGGGAGAGCCUUUAGCCAGUGCUCAUCUCUUAUUCAGCAUCACAGGAUUCAUACUGGAGAGAAACCCUAUGAAUGUAGUCAGUGUGGAAAAGCCUUUACUUCAAUAUCGCGGCUAAGUAGACACCAUAGAAUUCAUACUGGAGAGAAACCCUUUAAUUGUAAUGAGUGUGGGAAAGUAUUCAGUUACCACUCAGCCCUUAUCAUACAUCAGAGAAUUCACACUGGGGAGAAACCUUAUGCAUGUAAAGAAUGUGGGAAAGCCUUUAGCCAAAGCUCUGCUCUGAUACAGCAUCAAAGAAUUCAUACAGGAGAAAAACCCUAUAAAUGCAAUGAAUGUGGGAAGGCCUUCUCCUGGAUUUCCCGGCUUAAUAUACACAACAGAAUCCAUACUGGAGAGAAACCGUAUAACUGUAAAGAAUGUGGAAAAGCCUUCAGUUCCCACUCAGCAGUUAAUACUCAUCGGAAAAUUCACACUGGAGAGAAACCUUAUAAAUGUAACGACUGUGAAAAAGCUUUCAACCAAAGCUCAGCUCUCAUUCAGCACCAGAGAAUUCACACUGGAGAGAAACCCUUUAACUGUAAAGUAUGUGGGAAAGCCUUCCGACAAAGUUCAUCCCUUAUGACACAUAUGAGGAUUCAUACAGGAGAAAAGCCUUAUAAAUGUAAAGAAUGUGGGAAGGCUUUUAGUCAGAGCUCAUCCCUUACCAAUCAUCAGAGGACUCACACAGGAGAAAAACCUCAUACUUGUCAUGAAUGUGGGAAAAGCUUCACCCAGCGUCUCCAUCUGAUUGAACACCAGAGAAUUCACACUGGUGAGAAACCCUACAGAUGUGAUGAGUGCGGGAAAACCUUUAGCCAUAGAUCCUCCCUUCUUGCCCAUCAGAGAAUCCACACGGGAGAAAAACCUUACAAAUGUAAUGAAUGUGAGAAAGCAUUCAGCAGCAGUUCAACCCUGAUCAAGCAUCUGAGGGUACACACAGGAGAGAAACCCUAUCGCUGCAAGGAAUGUGGGAAAGCCUUCAGUCAGUGUUCAACUCUCACCGUACAUCAGAGAAUUCAUACCGGCGAGAAACUCUAUAAAUGUGCCGAAUGUGAGAAGGCCUUCAAUUGUAGAGCAAAACUUCAUAGACACCAAAGAAUCCACACAGGGGAGAAACCCUAUAAAUGCAGUGAAUGUGGGAAAGGUUACAGCCAGUUUGCAUCCCUGGCUGAACACCAGAGGCUUCAUACCGGGGAGCAGCUGUGUAAGUGCCUGGAAUGCGGGAGAACCUUCACACGUAUCUCAACCCUUCUCGAACACCAGCGAAUUCAUACUGGCCAGAAACCCUAUCAAUGUAACGAGUGUGGGAAAACCUUCAACCAGUAUUCCUCCUUCAACGAACAUCGUAAAAUUCACACCGGGGAAAAGCUCUAUACUUGUGGAGAAUGUGGGAAAGCCUUUGGUUGCAAAUCCAACCUGUAUAGGCAUCAGAGAAUUCACACGGGAGAGAAGCCCUACCAGUGUAAUCAAUGUGGGAAGGCCUUCAGUCAGUAUUCAUUCCUCACUGAACACGAGAGAAUCCAUACCGGGGAGAAACUCUACAAGUGUAUGGAGUGUGGGAAGGCCUACAGUUACAGAUCAAACCUGUGCAGACACAAGAAAGUUCACACAAAAGAAAAACUCUAUAAAUGGAAGGACUACGGGAAGCCAUUUAUCUACAGUUCUUCCCUUACUCAGUAUCAGAGAUUCCUUAGAGCAGAUAAGCCCGGUGAAGUGUAAUUCUUCUCUCAAAUAAUUCAAGACUCUUUAUUGGAGAAUAAUAAAUAGGGCACAGAUUCUGGAUUAGAUUUUUUUUUUUUACUGUUGGAGAAAAUAUACUAGUUCCCACUACGUCAUGGUGAAAUUGAUCAGUGGGAUUAUGAAGAGCACUGAUUUGUCAAAUUUUCUAAGUACCAUUAAAUGCUAAUAAGGUUUCUAAGAACAUAGACCUUUUUUUUUAGUUCAUGGAAAAAAACAUAAAAGGCCUAACUUAAAAAAAAACCAUGAAAAUAAUGGAAUAUACGUUUUGUUUCUUUCUUUAAAGUUUAUUCCCUUUCUAAGCGCAAGCUUCAAUAUGAAUUUUCUUUUAAAUUAGUCAUUGAGUUAACGUGAAUAAGUGUGAGGCUGUAUUUGCUAAAAUGGCAAGCAAGCGUAGGACAUGCUCUCUUCCAUAAAGAGAAAUUCAAGGUAAAAAGGAAUUCUUUAAAUUCAAAUUCUCACGUGGAAAUAAUCACUUUUUAUGAACUGCCUCAGCAGCAGGUUGUAUAUAUAAAUAUAUGUACGUGGACACAGGACAUACAGACAUAUAUAUAUAAACAUAUAGUUUUAGAAUACAUGUAUAUUUUUUCCAAAAGUCCCUGAUGAUUAAAAAGUGUGGUUUCAUUAAUUUAGAAUUUAGUUUGGGAAAUUAAAAAUUUGCUCAAAUGGGAUCUCUUUUCCUUUUCCUUAUAUAUUUCUUAAUUGGACAUGAUUUGACACUCCCAAAUAGAGUUCUAGGAUAGUAUUCUAGAAAGUGUAGUGAACUAAAGCAAGGGAGACUGUCAGGCAAAUACUCUCUUACCUGUUGCAGAAGGUACCUAUUUGCAGAAUCUGACUGUACACCUGGUAGCUCAUUAGAGCCAGGAGGAAUUUUCACUUAGUUUAUGUAUAGCUUUUCAUUUUACUAAUGAAAUUGAGCUUAUUGGGCAGAGUCAAGGCUAGAAUCUUAAGUUUUCAGCUCUGGUUUUCUAUGGUAAUUGUAGAUACGAAUUAUAAUCAUUGGCUUCCAACCUCAAGCCCCAAGAGUACUAUUCACUAUUUGUUUUGUAAACUGAUUGGGCAUAAUUGCAGUAAUUUAAUCAGUUUUAUUUCUUUGUUUGCCAGGAUCCCGCUAACUGCAAUCUCAGUCUUGUUCUUUUUCUCCUGUGUUCCUAAUUAUAUCUGCUUUUAUAAUAACUAGACAUAAAUCCUCAGACUCAGCUGAGUCCAGAUGGUGAAAUUGCUUUUGGGGUUUUCAUGUAGAAGGUUGCCUUUUCAUUUGUUUUUGUUAUAUUCAUCUUCUAGGAAUCCUUUUGUGUAAAGUGAUAUGUGAAUAUUUUGAAUAUUAUUGUUAAACAUUCUAGUCUUCAGUUAAAAUUGGCUUUCCAAACAUUUUCCAUAUUUUUAACAUACAUUGCAUUUUACCCUGGGCCCACUUCCCACUAUUUUAUGUCUCACUUUCACCAUUGGUAUCCUUUAAAAAAGUGUUUUAAUAAAAGGAGCUAGAACCUUCUGUCUGAGAAAGGUUUUAGAAUUAAAUGCAGGCAUUCAGCAUAGCAUAUUUCUUGACCUGCCUUAGCUCACUUGAAAAUAUCUUUUUAUAUAUUUAAGUAUAUUUACAAGGACAUAAAGUUUUAAAAAGACCUCAGUGUUUAACACUGGACAGAGCCAUUUGCAAGAUAUUCUAGAGAAGAACAUUUGGUUACCCAAUAGCAAAGAGAAUGCUUAGUACCCAGAUUUUGGUUUCUAAAUGCUAUCCCCCACUAAAAGGAACCUGGGCUCAUUGGGAUAAUGGCUGAUUCUAUAUAUGGAGCAGGGAAAGUAGAAGAUGUGUCGGGGGUAUCUUCUUAUGAAACAAAACAAAAAGAUAGCACUUCAAGAAGAAGCACUCAAAGGAUAAUGUCAGAAGGACAUGGGAGCCAACUUGAAGGUGCUCUCACUGGUCAAAUUUAAGAUAAUUUAAACAUCAAAUAUAACAGUCACUCUAAUUAGUUAUAACAUGCUAAGUAAAAAUGAGACCAUAAUGAAAAAGAUAAAGAAAAGGAAAGCUCUAUAAGCUAAACUGAAGAAUGACAUCUUUUAACUGGAAUGAGAGUUUUAGAAAAAUCAGCAUUUUAUAAUCCUUCAUGUAAUUAAACUAGGCAAAUUCAAUGGCUGAUAAGCCCAUUAGGUGAAAAAAUAUUUAAGGAAAAUUAUAUGGUGUCAAAGGUCACAGAUACCAAUUACAAAUCUAAUAGAUCUGGAGAAACCGAGUUUCACUACUAGUGGGACAAUCUGACGUGAUGUGGCUCCUGAUGGGAUGCCUUAUGAGGUGCACAUGAUAAUCUGUGACGUAUUCUUGCCAAGAGUGUUUGAUGAAAAUGUAAUUAAACCUCUUAUCCAGAUUUAUGUUCCUGUUUAUAAGAAAGACAAAAGAUAGAGGAACAAGUUGAAUUCCAUGAAGAGGAAAUAGACCCAAAGUUUGAGACUCCAUACAAGACAACUGCUCUGGACUCUUCAAAAAGCCAACGUAGUAGAACAAAAGAGACUUCUAGAUUAAGGCACUCAAGAGUCAUAAGCAAGGUGUGAUCCUUAGUUGGCUUCUGAUUCAGAAAAAUUAGAGCAACUAUAAAAGACAUUUGGGAGGGGAUACUUGGGGAAGUAUGAGGAUGGAAUGGGUUUUAGAUAAUGUCGUAUGUUUAAUUUUCCUAGAAGUGAUGAUGGUAUUGAGGUAUUUAGGAUGAUGCUCUUACUCUUAGGAGAUGCAUGUAAAAGUUUUCAAGUUUGAAAAGUCAUGAUAUCUGCAGCACAUUUUCAGGUAAGUACAUAAAAAAUUAGGUGUUGUGAAAAAUUAGUCAACUUUGUGGAGGAUUUAGAGAUGUUCAUUGGUCAUCCUUUACAUUUUUCCAUAUGUUUAUAAUUUUAAUUAAAAAUUUGAGGCAAAAAGUGAUUGCAUAAUGUGAUGAAUAUGAAGCUUCCUGUCAAAAUUUUUCCUUUGUACUCAUGUAAAUUUCCUAUUUGACAGUUUAUCUCCUGGGGAUGUAAUCAUUGGAAAUAAAAUAAUUUUUGGUUUA